AUGGCUGACAACAACAAGUCUAACUUCUUCGUCGACUUCAUGAUGGGUGGUGUUUCCGCCGCCGUCUCCAAGACCGCUGCUGCUCCAAUUGAGAGAGUCAAGCUUCUUAUCCAGAACCAAGAUGAGAUGCUUAAGCAGGGCCGUCUUGCUAAGAAGUACGAUGGUAUCGCUGAAUGUUUCAAGAGAACCGCUGCUGAUGAGGGUAUUGCUUCUUUCUGGAGAGGUAACACUGCUAACGUUAUUCGUUAUUUCCCAACUCAAGCUCUGAACUUUGCUUUCAAGGACAAAUUCAAGGCUAUGUUCGGUUUCAAGAAGGAUGAGGGAUGGUGGAAGUGGUUGGCCGGUAACCUUGCUUCCGGUGGUUUGGCUGGUGCCACUUCUUUGUUCUUCGUUUACUCUUUGGAUUACGCCAGAACCAGAUUGGCUAACGAUGCCAAGGCUUCCAAGGGUUCCGGUGAGCGUCAAUUCAACGGUUUGAUCGAUGUCUACAAGAAGACUUUGGCUACUGAUGGUAUUGCUGGUUUGUACAGAGGUUUCUUGCCUUCCGUUGUUGGUAUUGUUGUUUACCGUGGUUUGUACUUCGGUUUGUACGACUCUUUGAAGCCAAUCGUUUUGGUUGGUCCUCUUGAAGGUUCUUUCUUGGCUUCCUUCCUGUUGGGUUGGACCGUUACUACUGGUGCUUCUACUGCUUCUUACCCAUUGGACACUGUUAGAAGAAGAAUGAUGAUGACCUCUGGUCAAGCCGUUAAGUACAACGGUGCUUUCGACGCUUUCAGAAAGAUCGUUGCUGCUGAGGGUAUCAAAUCUUUGUUCAAGGGUUGUGGUGCUAACAUCCUGAGAGGUGUCGCUGGUGCCGGUGUUAUCUCCAUGUACGACCAAUUGCAAAUGAUUAUGUUCGGAAAGAAGUUCAAAUAA